UGACCUAAGGCACCCAUGCAACAAGUUGGAAGGGGGAGGUGCUGUGAGUGGCUGAGAUGCUGCGGUGGAGGGGAGCCCAGGCCCCGCACUGUGUGGUUGGGCCACCCCGAGAAGAGGGACCAGAGGUACCCUCGGAAUGUCAUCAACAAUCAGAAGUACAACGUCUUCACCUUUCUUCCAGGGGUGUUGUUCAACCAGUUCAAGUAUUUUUUCAACCUCUAUUUCUUGCUCCUUGCCUGCUCUCAGUUUGUUCCUGAAAUGAGACUUGGUGCACUCUACACCUACUGGGUCCCGCUGGGCUUCGUGCUGGCCGUCACUGUCAUCCGAGAGGCGGUGGAGGAGAUCCGAUGUUAUGUACGCGACAGAGAAGUCAACUGCCAGAUCUUCAGCCGGCUCACAGCCAGAGGGACGGUGAAAGUGAAGAGCUCCAAUAUCCAGGUUGGAGACCUUAUCAUCGUUGAAAAGAACCAGCGGGUCCCUGCUGACAUGAUCUUCCUGAGGACAUCGGAAAAAAACGGGUCGUGCUUCCUGCGGACGGACCAGCUGGACGGCGAGACCGACUGGAAACUGCGGCUCCCCGUGGCCUGCGCGCAGAGGCUCCCCACCGCGGCCGACCUUCUUCAGAUCCGAUCCUAUGUUUACGCAGAAGAACCCAAUAUCGACAUUCACAACUUUGUGGGAACUUUUACCAGAGAGGACAGCGACCCUCCGAUCAGCGAGAGCUUGAGCAUAGAGAACACUCUCUGGGCCGGCACUGUCAUCGCGUCGGGUACCGUUGUGGGUGUUGUUCUGUACACGGGCAGAGAACUCCGGAGUGUCAUGAAUACCUCAAAUCCUCGAAGUAAGAUUGGCCUGUUUGACCUGGAAGUGAAUUGCCUCACCAAGAUCCUCUUUGGUGCUUUGGUGGUGGUGUCGCUCGUCAUGGUUGCCCUUCAGCACUUUGCCGGUCGUUGGUACCUACAGAUCAUCCGCUUCCUCCUCUUGUUCUCCAACAUCAUUCCCAUCAGUCUGCGUGUCAACCUGGACAUGGGCAAGAUCGUGUACAGCUGGGUGAUUCGGAGGGACUCGAAAAUCCCCGGGACCGUGGUUCGUUCCAGCACGAUCCCCGAGCAGCUGGGGAGGAUUUCCUACUUGCUCACAGACAAGACAGGAACGCUUACCCAGAAUGAGAUGGUUUUCAAACGGCUCCAUCUGGGCACCGUGGCCUAUGGACUCGACUCCAUGGACGAAGUACAGAGCCACAUUUUUAGCAUUUAUACCCAGCAAUCCCAGGACCCGCCUGCUCAGAAGGGCCCCACGCUCACCACCAAGGUGCGGCGGACCAUGAGUAGCCGUGUGCACGAGGCCGUGAAGGCCAUCGCCCUCUGUCACAACGUGACUCCCGUGUACGAGUCCAACGGCGCGACCGACCAGGCCGAGGCUGAGAAGCGCUAUGAAGACUCCUGCCGCGUGUACCAGGCCUCCAGCCCGGACGAGGUAAGCCGCCGGCAGGCGUGGCGAGGCGCCGAGAGACGCCGUGCGCCUCUGUUCCACACGCCAGGCGUGGGGUUCCCCGGGGAGCCACCCGUGAGCAGACGUGAGCCAGGGUUUUUCUUCUAUUUUCUGUGGCCUUUGCCCCCAAGUGAGCGCCGCGCCCCCCUCCACCCCCUUCUGGCUUUUUAUCUUUGGCCAAGUGACAAAACAUCGGCGUCCGCUGAGUUUGUAUGCCAUCUGUCAUGGGAGGUGGGCACUGGAGCAGAAAGCGGGUGUUCCUCUUGGGUAUUCAUUCUGCCUGGCCCCCCCCCCCCCCAGGAUGAGUCAACGGGAGAGAUCACGUUUUACAUGAAGGGAGCGGAUGUUGUCAUGGCUGGGAUCGUGCAGUACAAUGACUGGCUGGAGGAAGAGUGUGGAAACAUGGCCCGAGAAGGACUGCGGGUUCUCGUGGUGGCGAAGAAGUCUCUAGCAGAGGAGCAAUAUCAAGACUUUGAGGCCCGCUACGUCCAGGCCAAGCUGAGCGUGCACGACCGCUCCCUCAAAGUGGCCACGGUGAUCGAGAGCCUGGAGAUGGAAAUGGGGUUGCUCUGUCUCACGGGGGUGGAGGACCAGCUGCAGGCGGACGUGAGGCCCACCCUGGAGACCCUGAGGAACGCGGGCAUCAAGGUUUGGAUGCUGACGGGGGACAAGCUGGAGACAGCCACAUGCACAGCCAAGAAUGCACAUCUGGUGACCAGAAACCAAGACAUCCACGUUUUCCGGCUGGUGACCAACCGGAGUGAGGCCCACCUCGAGCUGAACGCUUUCCGCAGGAAGCAUGACUGUGCCCUGGUCAUCUCGGGGGACUCCCUGGAGAUUUGCCUCAAGUACUACGAGUACGAGUUCAUGGAGCUGGCCUGCCAGUGCCCGGCUGUCGUCUGCUGCCGCUGCACCCCCACCCAGAAGGCCCAGAUCGUGCGCCUGCUCCAGGAACGCACGGGGAAGCUCACCUGUGCGGUAGGUGACGGAGGCAAUGACGUCAGUAUGAUUCAGGAAUCUGACUGCGGUGUGGGGGUUGAGGGGAAGGAAGGAAAACAGGCUUCCCUGGCUGCAGACUUCUCCAUCACCCAGUUCAAGCACCUUGGCCGGUUGCUCAUGGUGCACGGCCGGAACAGCUACAAGCGGUCAGCUGCCCUCAGCCAGUUCGUGAUUCACAGAAGCCUCUGCAUCAGCACCAUGCAGGCUGUCUUUUCCUCUGUGUUUUACUUUGCAUCGGUUCCUCUCUACCAAGGAUUCCUCAUCAUUGGGUACUCCACCAUUUACACCAUGUUUCCCGUAUUUUCUCUGGUCCUGGACAAAGACGUCAAGUCAGAAGUUGCCAUGCUGUAUCCUGAGCUCUACAAGGAUCUUCUCAAGGGAAGACCGUUGUCCUACAAGACCUUCUUAAUAUGGGUUUUGAUUAGCAUCUAUCAAGGGAGCACCAUCAUGUACGGGGCCCUGCUGCUGUUCGAGUCCGAGUUUGUGCACAUCGUGGCCAUUUCCUUCACGUCGCUGAUCCUCACGGAGCUGCUCAUGGUGGCCCUGACCAUCCAGACGUGGCACUGGCUCAUGACCGUGGCCGAGCUGCUCAGUCUGGCCUGCUACAUCGCCUCCCUGGUGUUCCUCCACGAGUUCAUCGAUGUGUACUUCAUCGCCACUUUGUCAUUCUUGUGGAAGGUGUCCGUUAUCACUCUGGUCAGCUGUCUCCCCCUGUACGUUCUCAAGUAUCUGCGGAGACGGUUCUCCCCGCCCAGCUACUCGAAGCUCACCUCGUAGGCGUGCGCGGGCCGAGGGCACCGCGGCCUCUGCGCCCUCCCGGUGGACAGAGUUCAAGUUGCGUCUUUUUUAAAUGCCACCUGUGGAUCUCGCGGCAAUGGCUACCACGUGCCGUUUGGACGCGAAGCGGCUGAAUGUGCAGAGUCCCGAGGCUGGUUCAACGGGGCAGGCUCCUGGGACGUGCCCGUGGGGCCUGCUCGAGCCCCGGAUGACUCGGCCUCAAGUGAAUGUAUAUACGUGAAAGCUGGUGGCUCGGCUAACACAUUUAUACGUGGGUCACCGUGCGAGCUUCCGAGGACUGGGAUUCUGGUGUCGUGUGAUAGAAGUUUCUGUCCAGCUGCGGAUUGUAGAAGGGUUUGUUUGUGUUUUUGUUUUAAACAGUCCUAAUGUGUGUGUAUUCCCCGCGUCUUUCUUGCUCUGAAAAAACUGGCUGCGGAGAAGCGUCAAGCUCGCGGUCUACAGGUUUGCAGGAAAGGCCAUGACUCUGGUCAGAAGUGACCCAGACGGUAAUCGCACGGCCGAAGUGCUACCCACCCCGCCCGAGGCCGCUCUGUUUGCCGAAGCCACGCUGCCUUCCCAGAGCGACACAGAGCGGACCAGGGCAGAGCGAGCGAGCCGUAAAUCCCCUUUGUUCCCCUGCGUCAGAUUCAGCUUCGACAGCGCCCGAGUUAGCGCCACCUGCCUCCUCGUAAAAGAAUUUCAAAGGUGUUACCCUGCUGUGUUCGGACCUGGUAACAAUUACAAAGCCUGUGGCCAUCUGAGGACACCCCUCAGACAUUUUCAGCAGUUGUUUUAGCAGGAAAGGUGCCACCGAACGGCUCCUAAAUGUGUCGACAGGGUGAUAAGAGACUCGGCUAAUUCUUUAGACAAUGUAGCAUAUGCGGCUCAGGCCUCCUGAGUCCAGAGUGCAAGGUCAGGGCUGGGGGCUCUCGGCUUCCACAGAAAUCUGUUUCCCAUUAAGAGGAUGAAAUGGCCAAGGCAGAGGCAUCAUAACCAUGCCCUUCGUCGGCGGCAGCUUCGAGCAGAGAGUCCCUGGGAGGAGGAGGCCCAGGCUGCCGGCUCCGUUCCACUGCCUCUCGAGAUCUCCAGGGGGAGCUUGCUGGAAGGCCGCCAGCGGUAGAGACCCCUCCCCCACCGGGAUGGCGUACCCGCACGUGUGUUUCUUAUAAAGCUGUGGCUUCUCUUUUCCGAGGAGGGAAGGGAGUUUUCAAGCGCUGGGCGUGGCGGGGCAAGGCAUUCUUGGGUUUUCGAGUCACUCGGUGCCACAUAUGCGUGCCAUAAGCGUUAGGUCGGCGGAUCUUCAGUGACUGUUUGUGAUCUCGGAUCCGUGGUUAAUUCCUUCAGCCCUUCGGCAUGACGCUUCUUGUGCGUGCUUCAGAGACGUGAGCUCCAGCCUGGCUGCCGCGCCCACGGCCCUACGCUCAGCCUGCGGCUGGGGGGUUGGGGGCGGGAGGAGCGGGCACGUCGGUUCCUGGCCUUGGGAGCACUCUCCAUAUGCUCAUGUACUUAUGUUGCCCUUUUAAACCCUUAUAAAAUGAUACUAAGUUUCAGGCACUGGGUAAACUGGCUCUUGGCAUUGCUUCCGUUUUAAGAUUCUGCAGUUUUGCAGUAUUUCGGCCAUUCUGUUCCAGCCAUCUCUGCCACACCGGAAGGACCUGCAGGGAAUAUAGGUCGCCGUGAGUGAAUGGUUAUUUAGGAAUAGGACCUUUCAGCCGGAAAGAUUGAGUGGGUCUGACUUCUCUCUGAGUGACGUUACGUCGUUUCAAAGGUCGAGGAGGGAGCCUUGGGCUCAGGAGUUCAUACUUUGAUCUGUCUUCUUGGAAGUCCGAUUGUAAGUCUUAAGUUGUUCUGAUCUGAGGUUGCAAACCCUGAACCUGGCCUUGUUCACAGACAGGCGAUGGCUUCUGCAGGUAGGUCUUGCCAGAAGUGCUGUGAGGAAAUUCUGGACUUUCCCAGCAGAUACAGGGAGAUGGUCUCUUGCUUUGUUUUUUCCCCCCUCAAGUCCCAAGUUCGACCCAGGUGUGUGAGCUGACUUUUGAAGUCAACGCCCGAGAUGCCACCUGACCUCUCCCAGGAAGAGAGCUGCCGAAGAAGCCACGCCUGGAGGUGGAGGGGUGCUGGUCUGUGCCAUUGCAAACCUUGUUCUCUCGUCCCAGCUGCACUCCGGCGGAGGCAGUCGGGGGCCAGAGGGACCUAAACCCCAAGCGGGGCCCCGACCCCCACGCCGUGGAGCCGCCCCAUCAGUGGGCAGCCUGCUCCCUCCACCUGCCGGGGGUCGUCGGGUGUCUGGGGAUGCAUGUGCUUCUCAAACUCUGCAGCCCCAAAGGGCAGGAGCCUCAAGUCGGUUGAGGGUACAGGAUCCUCACCUGCACCCGUCAGAGCAGUCCCAGCAGAGGACCCGUGUGCACGCGGAUUAUCUCAGUUGCGGGGGAAGAUAAAACAGGAACCUCCUGAGUUCGUAGAGCUUGAGCAGACCGAUCCCGUUGACCUUUCUCUCGGUUUACCAAUCUGGAAGGAAUUUAGGAAGCACCACUGACCCCUGCCCCUCACCUUGGACCUCAGUGGGACCUAAGUCUCUGGCAGCCUAUUUGAUUUGAGGCCAGAGGCCCCACGGCACACAAUCAGUGCUAUUCAAACCUUUCUCCUCAAAGUAAAAAUUAACCCCCCACCCCCGCCCUCUGACACCACUAGGUAUUUCUGUCCUGGUUAGCACUUUUGUUAUCUUAUGAUUAGUUUUGUUCUGUCUUUUGGUGAUGGUUGUACGUGCAUGAGGAUGACGGGAUCCAUUCGGUUUCUCCUCCCCCCGCCCCUUCCUUCCUCUAAGAAAAUGACCAGACAAGCGUCUCCAUUUCGGUAAUUUCUGAAGCCUGACAGUUUGGAUCCUCAUUUGGAGGGCGCACAUGCUCACGUGUGUGUUGCCCGUGGUGCUAGGGGGUUCUGGUUGCACCAUCUCUGGCUGCUUGGGGCAGCGGACUUUGCCACAGAGCGAAGGAGGGGCGUCCUCGGGGGCAUCUAGACAUCGGAGCAAACCCCCUCCGCAGCCACCUGGAGCCCGGAGACCGCGAGCUGGGAUGUCUCCCGCUGUUGGUGUCGUCCCAUCCGGGCCCCAGGCCAGCUUCCCUUCCUAAGUACUUUUGUGUGCAGUCGGCUGCGGUACCCGUGUCUGCUCCCCUCUGUGUGCUCUCUGCUGAAAGCUUAGGUCACACUGACAACUUCUGAAUGUAUUUUGAGUUCUGUGCUCAUUGGGAAUGGACACAAUAAUGCCUCUUCUCCUUUUCCAGAGUUUUGCUUUUAUACUUUGUUUUGUUUUUACUGGGGUGGGGAUGGGAAAGCCCUCAUGCCUUUGCAGGGCAGCAUUUUAAACCUUUGCCAAGAUCGCCACUGGGACCUACACACGCUUCCGCGCCGUCCUGUUGGAGACAAACACCUCUCAGCUGUUUUUAUCUUUAACCUUUUGUGUGUGUGUUUAAGUGUGUGUGUGUGUGUGUGUGUGUGUGUGUGUGUGACCUGAGUUUUUGAUGAGAUACUUGAUUUGCAUCAAAAUCCCGUUACUUCCAGCUUUGUUGUCACCAAAAAACAUAAAAGGAGCUUGUAAAUAUAACAGAUUUUACUUCUCCCCCCUUCCUUUCAUGUAAAACCUUUUGCCACGUACACUUAUUGGAAAAUAUUUCCAUUAAUGAUGUUCAUUUCAUCUUGGGAAAAUACGUCUUGUGUUUCGGAAGGGAACCGAGAGGCAUUGCCACCAUGCGGGCAGCGUCCCCGAGACCUCGCGCUCCGCGGCGUCUGCUCACGCCAUGGCGCUGUUCCUGCGGAUCCGGCGUCUCCGUCACCGCGUGCUUGGGGGUGCCGGCUGUUAACGUCACUGGGCAACGUCAGUGGAUACUGCGUUUGUGGGGGGGGGGUACUGCUGGGGGGAUGCGGUAUUAGCAAACAAAAAUGGUGGCCACUCUAGGAUUUUGUUGCAGGGGGGCUAGCCGUAAACUCAUCUAGGAGUCGGCGGCCUCCUCAUUAGUAGAUUCGUCCGUGUAAUGCACAUUGCACAUACCCACCAGGACAGCGUUCUUUCAUUAGCGGGAAGCUCUGGCACAGGAUGCUUUAAUUUAGCAGGAACUCCCAGAUGAUUUAAAUCCUCGAUCCCGUGAUGAUACACAUGUGAUCCUGCGUGUUUCUGACCGAUUGUCCUUUCAUUGUGUGCCAGCGUGGCUCAUUGCUGCUGCCCAAUAAAGCUUGUGUACUUUA